UGACCAGCUGAAGCUUUCCAAGACCAAAGCUCUCAAACUCUUGACACCAAGGCAUGAUGUCCACCGUGUCACAAUUCAACACCUCAAACAGCAGCUCGCAGACUACUGACUGCACUCCUGAGGUCCAGCACGUCUCUCUUGCUGUGUUUAUCACCCUGGUCUUCGUGGUGGGAUUUUGCCUCAACGGUUUCAGCCUGUGGGUCUUCUGCUGUCGCAUGCCCCGUUGGAACUCUGGGACGGUUUUGCAGUUCCACCUGGCCCUCAGUGAUGCUCUCGCCACUCCAGCCACCAUCAUGGCAGCAGUGUAUUUCGCCAAUGACAGCAGCUGGCCAUUUGGGAGGUUUCUGUGUCAGGUGAAGAUCGGUCUACUCAGCGCGCAUUUUUAUGGGAGCACCUUGUUCCUGAUGCUCAUCAGCAUCCAUCGCUACGUGGCGGUGGUUCAUUUCAAUCGGAGUAGCCUCAUGAAGCAAAAAACCUUCGUCAAAAAAGUCUGCGUUGGGAUCUGGAUUUUUUUGCUGGCAAAAGGCAUCAUCUAUGGCUACCUUCUCCCAUCCACCACUGAAAAGUCACGUCAUGUACAAUGCCUCACCAUUCAUCAGAAACAACUCGUAGAUUCCUACUUUGUUAUUAAUUUCAUUCUCUUCAUUGUCGGCUUCCUUCUACCAUUCUCUGUCUCAGCUGCCUGCUAUGGCCUACUUGCCAGCUCUGUAUCUCAAAUCAACCCAAGCACAGCGCAUGGUCCAGCAGUCAAGUCAAAGUCCCUAAGGAUGAUUGCUGUUUGUCUUCUGAUAUUUGGACUGUGCUUCCUGCCACUGAAUGUCACCCGAACUAUAGGAGUAGUGGUGAAGAGGUUCUACCCAGACAGUUGUGAUGUUCUUCGACAAGUGGAGACUGCUUAUUAUGUGUCUUGGAUCUUAGGUGGAGUAAACUGCUGUCUGGAUCCUCUCAUCUACUUCUUCGGCUCAAACAAUUUCAGGAGAACAAUUUGGAAAUCUCUCAAGAUCUCACGAGAGGAAAAAAGGAGUGAGUCUGAGACCAUCAGCCAAACUGGUCGGAGAGUUGUAAUGAAUGAUGUCACAUAAAUGAGUUUGACUGGCAAAAACUGCCCUUUUAUAUUUUUUGUUAUCUAUGUUACUUUUUCAAAUAGAAGUGUCAUUUUUGUAAAUAUUUUUUGAUUAGGCAUUUGUGUUGUGUUCCACUGUUAGCAGCAGUAUUUUGUAUAGACUACUAUAUAACCACAAGUAAUGCUGUAUACAGAGGUCUGUAUUGACUUGCACUUUACACUGCUGUUGAUAGAUUUGUAGCGCUUGCCUCAAAAUAUGUUGAAUGAGUAUAAAAACAAUCAUAAGUACAGCAGUUCAUCACAGUUCAUCAAUUGUGGUUGGGAACUUGACCUGCUGCAACUGCAAUGCUAAAAGGUCAUAGUUUUGUUUUUCUAAAAACAAAAAAUAAUCCCUGUUAAUUCCAUGCCGUUUGACUUUUCAUCAAUCAUCAGGAGGAGAGGUCAUGUUUAGUGAAUUUUUCUAAGAGCUUCUAAAUACGAACUGGAAGCCAGUUAAUUUGUUUUGGAAUAAGAUAUGCUUAUAAAUGUACAUUCAGUUCAUAUUUUUGAGUGGGAUAAAUGACAAAAAGUGUGCAUCCAUGAAAUGCAUCACUAGACCGUCCCAUACACAGAACAAUGAAGAUAGCUGAACGUCUGUGACUUAAUUAAAACGGUGCUAUGGAAAGUGUUGCAAAUAUUUUUUAGAACCAAAAGCACUACUGAAGGGGACUGUGCUAUAGAGGCUGAAGUGUGUUGUUUGACAGACAGAAGCAAAUGUUCUCUGUGGACUUUUUUUCCCUUUAUACCUCUAAUUGUGAAUGAUUUGUGAAUUCUCAAGGCACAUCGAUUCCCUGCACAUAGAAGUAUAACACAUGCACUUAAAGCAAACAAGUGGCUGAUGCUAUACGCUGGUAAGUCAUUGUGCACUCGUUUUUUCUGCAUGUUUGCAGCACUGUAGAGCACAGUAGGUUUAGUCAUUUUUUCUAAUAGAAAAGGGGAUGUGAAAAAAGGGUGGAGGUCAUCUAGACUUUUAAUGUGUAUGAUGCCAACAAACUUUAGUAUGAUUGGAAUGUCAUUGUCUUUUCUACCCAUAACAGGUCUCAAAAGAUAAGAUAUGUAGGCUACUGUAUUUAGAUAUUAUUCUGGAAAUGAAUCUGUUGACACUUCAUUACUUAAAACGACAAAUUAUAGAAAGACAAAUGAUCAAACAACUAAAAUAAAGAUGUGUCUUUAUAUAUUAUGUAGCUCAGGGAUAUUGAUAUCAACAUUCUGCCUUUAGAAAACAUUUCCAUUAUACAGUACUUCUUUAUUAACACAUGGGUUACAAUUCACAACAUCCGUAUAUGGUAAAGAGGUCUUCCAGGGAAGCAAUUUAGUGACAAAAAAUAUGAACAUGCCUAACCUUGAAGGACAGCAGCAGGUGCACUGUUUGUAGCAUGCUGGGGGUGGCUACACUUUCCUAAUGACUGUUGUAAAGCCUCCUAUAUUGGAUUUUGUGUUAUGCUGUUGUGUUGCUGCUAUGUUGUGUGUUCUUUGUGAGUAAUAGAGAAGGCUAAUACCUGAUGUUAGUCUGUAGCUUGACUGUAGUCAUUCUAUUAUUGUAGCUGUAGCUCUUUAGCUUAAAUGUCA